AAAAGAUUGGGUUUUGGAGAAGAAACCCUCAAGCAGCCCCUGAGGUCCCCCUUUGCUUGACACAUCUUUUAACCACAAGGGAGCAGUCUUUCCUUUGAUGAGGUCUUCCCUCCACCUCCACAGAAAUGGAAGAACAAGGGCAAGUUUGCAAACAGUCUGAAAGCUCUUUCCAUUAGCCCUGGACGCCGGAAACCGCAAAGGGCAGUCAAGUUUUGAUUUCAAGGAGAAAGCUUCUGGUAGACUUUCGCCCAGCCGCCACAUCUGUGGGUUCCUGGGAGGGGCUUUUUUGAAACCGGGAAGAUUCCUAUGCUCUUGAAGACCUAGAGCGGGUGGAUUACAGUAAUUGAAAAGCUUGGGUGAUUUUUGGAAGAUUACUCUGUUUGGUCUACGCUCCCAUUCCCAGGCUAGGGGACCGAGCAGAAGCAUCCCUUUUGUUAUCUGUUGAAAUAAGAAGAUCAGAGGGGAAGACAGAGUUUGAAGUGUGGAUUAGGGGGUCCUAAAUCUUUGCCUGUCCCCUCCGUCUGGAUCUUUAUAAAUGAUCGAGGAGUGCGAUGAAUUUAGGAAAUCAUGCAAAGUUUCCUGUCCUGGAACCAGAAACUUCUUUAAAGGCAGAUCGGCCGUGCCGGGCUGUCUGAAUGGACCAGCAUCUUCGCCUCGAAGAUUUAUUUGAGUCUCAGCUUGUCAGAGAUUAGUCCCUCGGGAGAUCUGUUGGCUUUUCGGCGAGGGAUGGAGAAGCGUAAGCCGGCCGGACUGCCGCCCUUGCCCUACCACCUCCGCACCGUGCCCUUGGACCUGCCGGGGACGCCGCCCCGCCUCCCUCUCAGGGACCCCCCCAGGGUCUCCCGUCCGGACGCCGCGUGCUGCGCGCGGGGACCCGGGGGCUGCGCCGCGAGGCCGCCCUGCCGGCCGCUGCCGCUGGAGUGCGCCUUCGAGCCCGCCUUCCUCCGGCGGCGCAACGAGCGCGAGCGGCAGCGGGUGCGCUGCGUGAACGAGGGCUACGCGCGCCUUCGAGCCCACCUGCCCCGCGAGCUGGCGGAGCGGCGGCUCAGCAAGGUGGAGACGCUCCGCGCCGCCAUCGGCUACAUCAGGCACCUCCAGGAGCUGCUGGAGCGCCACGCCCGGGGGCCGGAGGGUCCCGCCGGCGCCCGCACCCCGCGCCCGGCCGAAUGCAACAGCGACGGGGAGUCCAAGGCCUCGUCGGCGCCUUCGCCCUGCAGCGAGCCCGAGGAGGCGGGCAGCUAGCGAGCGCCGGGCCCCCGCCCGGU